AGGUUAAUGAGCUUUCCGACAUGUUGGAUAGGAAAAAAAAAACAAAACAAAAAACCCCCCAAAUUGGCGGUCGGAGAAUUUAGCAGUUUGAUUUUACAUAUUUAAGCCAAAAUGAGUGACUCUGAGAACCCGGAGGAGAAGGGUGAGACUGUUCCUGAGGCCAGCUGGCCUGAAAAUGGCGAUCAGUGGAGCGAUAGAGAAGAUGGAGGAGAAUUGGAAGAAUCUGGGCUCAUUCAAGAAAUGGUGGAAGAGGAUGAGGAGAUUGACCUGUACAAUGAAGAGACCUUUGGAUUAGACCUAAAUGCUGAAGAGCUAGAGGCAGAUCCUGUUGAUCUCCUGUUAAUGGAAGGAAACCAGCCCCCCUCACCCCAUCCUCCAUCACCACGCAAGCCCUCUCCUCCCAGACCAAAAGCUGAAAUUGGGCCUCAGGCUCCCGCAAGACUGCAUGAAAAGUUCCGGAGCCGAAGGGAGCGAGUGGGUAAGGGGCAGCUGCUGGAUGACCCGGCUGUCAUGAGAACUGUGGAAGGUCCACCCAGUCUCAAGAGUUUGGACAGUGCUAUUGUGGACUGUCGAUGCAGUUCAGGCUGGGGGGAUCUCAACGCCAACAUGUGGAUGAUGUCACCUUAUGGCCCAACGAGACAAACGCCUCUUUUACAAGACAAAGCCAUUGUGCGAGUGAUUGACCGGUCGUCUUGUGGCAGGAUGCCGUUCACAUCUCCUACCUUGCGAUCCCCGCUGCAGAGGGCAGUCCCUCAGCAGGUGCCUGUGUGUCCGGUGAUGCCAAGAUCUCCACUACCCCCUCAAAGUCCAUUCGCGAUUAAACAGCGUUACAACCAGCCAGGCAUUUAUCUUUCACCCUCCACGCCACGCUUCCACUCUCCCAAAAUGAUGCCACUGCAGUUUGGACCAAACUCACCCCGGCCUGGCCCCUGCUUCAGCCCUUUACCCAGUCCCCUCCCUCAAAGAUUCAGGUUCCCAGUCCUGGCAACCCAGCUCCAUCCUCAGCACAAGAGAUUGCUGAGUCAGCGGCCCCAAGGCUUUCGGCGAAAGCCAAAGGACUGGGAUCAUUAUGCUGAGCUUAUGUCAGGCAAAGAGAAGGAGUGGAUCAUUAAGCUGCAGAUGAUCCAGCUACAAAGUGAGAAUCCACACCAGGAUGAUUAUUAUUACCAGGAGUACUAUCGGAGAAUGGAGGCCAAAUUGGCUGAGGAGGAAAUGCUGGGUGACCGAUCCAAGAGGGAACCACCCAAACUCACCACACCAUACGUCAACAAGACCGUAUCAUACACUCCAGUGGUUCACAUCGAGGGUUCGCUGGGUCAAGUUGCUGUUUCUACAUGUUACUCACCACGCAGAGCCAUCGAUGCUGUCCAUGCCCACACUGUGGAGGAACAGAAAGACAUCAGACAGCAGAGACUUGAAGUGCUGAACACCAUUGAGAAGUGCUACAUCAUUCUGUUGGGUGUGGAAGAAGCUGAGAGAAUGAAGGCUAGUGUUUCAGAUGAUGAGGAAAGGCAGAGAAGGAUAAAGACCAUUCAGAGAGGCGUGGAGAAGAUUAGCAGCCAGCUACGCAACCCCAGCUCUUUGGAGCCUACGGAAGAGUUUCUACCAUGUCUCUUGGUUUCUAAGGGGAAAAAACUGCUGGCAAGGCUCCUGCCAUUUCUCUCCCAUGAUGCAUCUCUGCAGGUUCUGAGAGCGAUUACUACACACCUGCCGGCACUGAUGAACAGAGAUGUAGAUGAGGCUCUUCAUGUCCUCUACCCAUCUCUCAGAGCUGUGAUUAGCACGUUGACAUUCACCCAGUUGGUCAGCAUUCUCCAGGACUUCACCACAGCCUUACCUGACUCCAAAGACUCACGCUUAUCAUUGGCUUGCCAAAAUAAGUUUGGUCUGUCUUUGCUGUACGCGUUGCUUUCACAAGGUGAGAGGCUUCUGACCUCUGACGUUCCCAUGGAGCCAAGCAUUGGUGAUUUUGAGACCUGGACGGACACAGUUUUCCACGUGGCGCGGCAGCUGUCCCGCUCAUCCCUCAUCGAGCCACUCUGCAUGCCCUCCAAUCUACUCACACUGUUCUGUCGUUACUUGGAUAAACGCACCGUUCAGCAGCUCAAGAACAACAUGGAGUCUUCAACUGGCUAUGUGGCUGUAGGUUCCUGAGAAGAAAUCCUUUUGUUUUCUUUUCCCCCCUCAUGAUUAUUUUUUUCCCCCUCCCCUUCUUUCUUUUCUUUUUCUUUUCUUUUUUUUAAGCCCCUCGUGUUCAUCAGCUCCUUCUGCUGCCAGCAGAUGGUGAUCCUCCACUUACACGUUUUCAGAACUUGUACCACACACACAAUUGCAUAAAUAUACAUGAGGGGGGGAAAAAAGAUUCAGCUCUGAAUGAAAAAAUAUCCAUAUGGAUUUAAGUUUCACAAAAGGCUCUUUGGGUUCUUUCUUAAAGGGGGGAAAAAUGCAAUGAGCUGUUUUUCUUUAAUUUAGGAGAGAUUCAUUUCCACAUUUUGUAAGGUAUGUUUCCAGCACUGUGCAAAUAAUUUUAUUUAUUGUAUCUUUAUUUCAUCACUUAAGUGAUAUUUAAGCACUGUUGUAUAGCAUCUA